UUCGAACCAGGAAGUGUUUCUGAAUGAGCUCGUGUAAGAACCAAACAGGACUCGUAAUACAAGCAGUAAAAUCUGAGGGAUUUAGGUUUUAAGUAUAUAUAAAUAUAUAUAUAGUUGUAUUUGGUAGAAGGAUGGAUGUUGAGAAGUAUUUAGCGCGUAUCGGUUGUUCUCCUCCGUGUCCUCCAACCCUGGAGACUCUUCGCCUGCUGCACCUGAAUCAUUUACUCUCGGUGCCCUUUGAGGACCUGAGCAUUCACAGUGGAGAGAAGGUUCACCUCCAUCUACCCUCCAUCUACCAGAAAAUCGUGUUACACCAGCGGGGUGGAUUCUGCUAUGAGAAUAAUGGGCUGUUCUCCUGGCUCCUGGCUCAGCUCGGCUUCCAGGUGGAGAUUUUGGCAGCGCAGGUAAGAAACCGGUUUACCAAAGCAUACGGGCCUCCGUUUGACCACCUCAUCAUGAUGGUGACACUAGAUGGGCACAGGUGGCUCUGUGACGUAGGUUUCGGAUCUGGUUUCCAGCUUCCACUUUCCUUAGAGACAGACAGCCCUCAAAUCCAGAGUCAUGGAGUAUACCGGGUUAGAGCCCACGCAGACCUGUUCUUCAUGGAGAUGCUGUCCGAGAGUGAUAUGAUGAAGAAUCCUGAAGAGGAAGGUUCAUGGGUAGAGCUGUACAAAUUCACUCUUAAGUCGUGCCAAAGAGAAGAUUUCCAGGCCAUGUGUGAGUACCAUCAGAGUUCGGUUAGUUCCAUCUUUUUCUGCAAAUCCCUCUGCACGAUGCUGCUUCCAACCGGAAGAAUCACAGUCAUGGGCCGCACACUGCAUACCACUCAGCUACCAGAUGAACAGGGACUGCCAGCAAAAACCAAAAGAGAUCUUUCAGAUGAAGAAAUUACUGAGAUACUCAAGGAAAGGUUUGGGAUAGUGUUGUCUUCUCCACUCACUCCCAAAGAUGUGGACAUUGUGCCCCCCACAGUAAACUGUUAAGUGUGUGUGUGUGUGUGUGUGUGUGUGUGUGUAAGUAAUAAAAACAUUGUUUUAUUAUGUUGUUUUACUGUGUACUUGUGUAAAAACGUCUCUUUAGUAUGGGCAGUUGUAGCCUAGCGAUUAAAGUACUGGACUAGUAAGCAGAAGGUCGCUGGUUCAAACUUCAACACUACCAAGUUGCCACUGUUGGGCCCUCGAGCAAGGCCCCUAACCCUCAGUUACUUAGACUGUGUACUGUAAGCAUCUGCUAAAUGCCGAAAAUGUAAAUGUAAUGUAAAUGUCUCUUUAACUCUUUGCCUUUUUCUGCUGAAGCAACCUGU